ACAGGCGAGACCAGCACGCCAGCUACAUCACCGCCGGCAGACCGUUCUGCUGCUAGCAUAUGCGUCCCGCCGCCGCAAAGCCACCACCCCUGUCACGUGGUUCCACUUUCCGCUUGCGAUUGGCUGAGCGCGAUCACGUGUUGCAGGAGAAGGGAGGGGCGUGUGGCCGCGGUUGCCACAGCGACCGAGGGAGGCGGCGGUCGGGUAGGCCGCACCGCGCCGGCGUCGCUGUGUUGGUGGUGCCGCUCAGCGAUGGGCGACGUGCUGGCUUACGAGGCCGAGUUACUGGGACUGGUGAGAGAGUAUUUGGAUUUUGCUGAAUUUGAAGAAACAGUGAAGGUAUUUGCAAAGGAAUGCAAAAUAAAAGGGAAGUCACUACCUAAAACAGCAGGUGUUUCCUUGAGAGAUUCAAAAGCCAUUCCUGUUCAGAAAGAUCUGCUCAGAGCAUUUGACAAUGGUGAGCAGAAGGCUUUCUUCCAGCUCUGGGAGGAGCACGUUUCAUCUUCAGUCCGGGACAAUGAACCAGUUGCUCAGAAGCUGGAGUUCCAUCUUCACGUACAUUUUGCCACCUACCUCUUAAAACACUCCGUGGGAAAGCCUGACAAAGCUGAACUUGAGGAAAGAAUUUCUCAUUUUAAAGCAUACUUGGAAACAAAAGGAGCUGCCCUGAGCCAGACUACAGAGUUUCUUCCCUUCUACGCUUUGCCUUUUGUUCCCAACCCUAUGGUGCAUCCUUCAUUUAAAGAACUUUUCCAGGAUUCUUGGACGUUGGAUUUAAGGACAAGAUUGGAAAAGUUCCUGUGUCUGACUCUCAAAGCCAGCCAGACUCCCAGGCUUCUCACUUUAUUUAAGGAGAAUGGACAGUGCAGUAAAGAAACAUUGCAACAUCUCCAUCAACAACUAGUGGAGUCAGAGCACAGGACCAUGACCUACCUGAAGAGGUUUAACAAAAUGCAAGCAGACUACCAUAAUCUCAUUGGAGUCACUGCAGAGCUUGUGGAUUCCUUGGAGGCCACAGUCAAUGGCAAAAUGAUCACACCAGAAUAUCUUCAAAGUGUUUGCGUUCGCCUGUUUAGCAAUCAGAUGAGACAAAGUGCAGCACAAAGUAUUGACUUCACAAGGCCUGGAACGGGACAUUGCUCUAUGAGCCCUUGUGAUGACGGAUAUGCUUCCACAAUGUUAAGAGCAUCUUUGGCACCUGUCAGGAUGUUGCUAAUCCAACAAGUCUGUCACUCCACACCUGGGAGCUGUUUGCUCUGUUUUCUGUGCUGUUUCCGCACCAUACAUUCCUAUUGUUGGAAUUGCUUUGCUUCUCACAAAUCAAGGGAAAAGGGGAGUUGGAAGAAGCAGGAUGUGCCCUUGUUGCCCUCUUUGGACUAUGAGAAGCUGAAGAAAGAUUUGCUUGCAGGGAACGAUCGUCUCAAGGCCUUCUUACUGCAGGCUCUGCGCUGGCGCUUGACAACUUCAUAUCCUGGAGAACAGAGGGAUACUGUCCUGCAGGCUUACAUCAGUAAUGACCUCUUAGAUUGCCACAGCAAGUGUCAGAGAAGUGUCCUUAAAUUACUGCAGUCUAAGAGUGAGGUAGUCAGACAGUAUAUGGCAAGGCUCAUCAAUGCUUUUGCUUCAUUGGCAGAAGGUCGUCUCUACCUUUCUCAGAACCCAGUGUUGCUGCAAAUGCUGGAGGAGAGACUGAAAACUGAGGACAAGGAUUCCCUUACAUGGGAGAACGUUCUGGGGGCUCUGCAGAAAUUCAGCCUCAGACGUGCCCUGCAGUCAGCAAUGAUCAAGGAUGGGCUCAUUUUCUGGCUGGCUGAUGUCCUGGCGGAUACAGAUAGCCUUUCUGAUUACACACUAGAAUAUUCUGUUGCCUUGUUCAUGAAUCUUUGUUUGAGGAGUGCAGGGAAGAAAAUGUGUGCAAGGAUUGCAGGCCGUGUACUCAAAGUUCUCUCUGAUCUUCUUGGCCAUGAGAAUCACGAGAUACAACCAUACGUGAAUGGAGCACUCUACAGCAUUCUCGCUAUCCCUUCGGUCCGAGAAGAAGCCAGAGCGAUGGGAAUGGAAGAAAUUCUACGCUGCUUUCUCAAGGAAGGAAAUGCAGAGAUGAUCCGACAGAUUGAAUUUAUUAUCAAGCAGCUCUAUUCAGAAGAGCCACUAAAUGACAAUAUUGUGUCUGAUGAUGAAGAGGAAGAAGAGGACGAGGAGGAGGACCAUGACAUCAUGGAGGCUGACCUGGACAAAGAUGAGGUUUUACAGCCCCAACUGGGAGAGCUUACAGGAGAGAAGCUGUUGACAACUGAAUACCUGGGAAUAAUGACUCAUACUCCAAAGACCAAGAGGAAGCUGUUUUCUGGUGUCCAUCAGAGUAUAGAUGAACCUCUCCAGAGACCUGUGACACCAGGUUAUCACAGAAAUUUAUACCCAACGCCAGAAAACGAUUCCAUUUCUUGUCACGAUAGAGAUGAAAAUUCCCAGUCUCUGCUGAGCGGUUCUCCUCCUGUCUGUGCCGGGAGCAGCUCUGGCAUUGCUGACCUCUGCGCUUCCUCUUCAUCAAUUGAAAUGAAGCCAUCUAAAAUAUUCUCAUCAGGCCAUAGGAUGGACCGAAGCGUUGAAGCUGGUGAUAUCUUGUCUUCCCAGUCUACUGACUUCACCCAAGACAAAGUGAAUGGGCACUCUCAUAGUGAGUUUUCUUCAGCCUUUACCAGCAAACCUAAGAUCCCUCGCACUCCUGAAAUGCACAGUGCCAGCCCCAGAAAGGGAAAGAUCCCAACCAUUGCCCCCCAGUUCUCCCAGUCUGGACCCCAACAAACGAGCCGUCCCAGCUCCUCGGGAUCAUCCACAAGGAGCAGACAGAGCAUCCAGUCCUACAGGAAGUGAGAACAGUUCCUUUCCUCGAGAAUCACCUGUCACAUUGCUGAAGGACAGAGCCAGCUUCCUGUAAUGAGCUUUACUGGCGACCUACUGAGAAGAGGUUAUUAUCACUGCACGGCGCACGCCUUGCACGGUGAUUCAGGGAUUAUCUGAUGGGCUGCAUCUGCUGUCGUCUCUCAAGCUGGCUAAGACAAAGGCCUUGUUACAAUUCGAGGUCUCAUCAGCUGCCCACAGCUGAUACAGUAGAUGGAUAUAGUCCCAGCAUCUCUGAUAGUUUAAAGAGACAUUGCUACCUCCAGGAAAGUCUCUUCCUCUCUGCUUUCUGUGUCACAGUAAAUGGCCUUUGAAAACGAUGGAUAGGGCUCAGCACAGGAUCUGGCCAACAAGCCGUCUUGUUUAGGCAUUGCUUGCUUGUAACUUGUUCUGUUGUCUUUUUAAUUAUGCUUUCGUCAAUGAGUUUGGGAAUGUCUGAGUUCCAGGGAUCAGCACUAGGAGAGAAAGCAUACCUGCCUGUGUAGAACUACUGCCUGGAGCAGCUGUGUGUGGAGUGAGGUCUGCAUUUGAACAUCAAAGGCUGGAAAGUAUUUCAUCAAUGUGUGACAGUUGUAAAACUGUGUGCUGCUGUCCAGCUGCUCACCUCACCUCUGGGGGUCUGAUCAGCAGGUUUAUCUGUAGUAAUUACUCCUAUUCAAAUGUACUUUGCCUUGGUACUUGGUUGCCACUGAAGCUGUAAAGCACAGAAGAAAGCACGUGUGUUGUAAAUUGAUAUUAAAAGCAAAUGCUUUUAGGUAGGUACAAGAAGGGAGAAGUUAAAGCUUUUGUGUUGGAGUUCCACCGUGAGAAACACAUAAGAUGAACUCAGCCCAAGAGGUCAAGCAACUCCAAUAAUGGCAAUUACCUCCACCUUGAGAGCAAAGAGUUGUAAAGUCAGCAAUCGUGUCCAGAUGAAAGCUUCUCUGUGAUGAGACCUCGAAUUGUUCCUCUUGGUACGUGGUGGCAACUGAAUAGCCAAGGCCAUUUCCUCUCUUGAUGUGAUUGCCAUGAGACCAGCGAUGCUGUCUCACUGUCUGACAGAAAGGCAUCCAACGCACGAGUUCCUCUCACCCCUUCAAUAACAGACUUCAGAUUGGAGUUAGGAUCUCUUGAAGAAAAAGACAUCCUGCAGUCUGAAAUCUGAUCGUAUUGAUGUGAAACUCAGUAAGUCCACAGGGCUCACAUAAAGCAGGCAGAGUACGGGUGUAAAACCCAGCUGCAUAGGACAUAAAGUGAUUGUAGGCAGCUAAUCACCCCUAUCCUGCAGGUCUCUGAGGUAGAUAAAUCACAGAAAAGCUCUGAUCUGUGCUUAGAUUGACCCACCUCCUCUCCAAGUUGAUAAAGCAAGUAAUGGAAAAAUGCCUUUUGGGGAACCAAUAGGGGCUGCAAUACAAGGCAGCCAUAAAAACUCAUGUAGUGGAUUUGCAUAGUGGGCAGCUUUGCUUUUUCCUCUGUGCUUUUCUUUAUUUUUUUGCAGCAUGUAAUAUCAGCUGUCCAGCUGUUAACACUGAAGUGCUAUGCAUGCUCAUCUGCAUCUGUAGGUGCAUAGAGAGCCCCAGCAGCUGAGCUGAGAUUUAUCUCACUGCAGCGCUGAGUUUCGCAUUGGAGACAAUUUUUUGUACUAAUGCUUGAGAAACUCCAUUUGCCAAAUACUUGAGAGGGACUGUGUGUGAGCUUUGAAAUAAAUUAUGGGCUGAGCAGCAGUAUGAGAACCUGACAAAAUACUGUGUCCUUCUGUUCUCUGUCUGUUCACAAAAAUGAUGCCGGUCAGAAGGGUUUGAAGCUGUAAGAAGUGUUGAUUUUUGCCUUUGUUAGCAGGACACCGCUGCCAGAGGUUGAGAGGUCUCAGAAUGAUCAGGUCAGUCACACACACAGCAAAUUCUGCACCUCUCUCUUAAAGGUUGCUGUAUGCCAUGUAGAGGUUGCUGCCAGAUCCAGCAGCAGCCUGGUGAGUUCCUAACAGGAGCAGUGGAGAUUGCCUGCUUGAGUGAGAGGGGUGUGACUGUACCUGAACUGGCUGCAGUGUUACUUGCAAUAAGUGCACAAAUGGCACAAGACAUAGAGCUGGGAUUUUUUUCUUGUGUGACCAAAGUGCUGUGUGACACUGGCAUGCUUUCUGCUUAUGUCCUGUGUAUCUUCAGUGUUAUUGAGACACUGAAUCAUAGAGUAUCCUCAGCUGGAAGAGGCUCACAAGGAUAUUCAAGCUGAACUCCUGGCUCCACACAGGACCACCCGAAAAGCCAACAUUCCCUCUGACAGCAUUGUCCAAAUGUGAACUGCGCGUCUAAUUACAUUUGCAUGGAGAGUUCAUUCUAUAUACUUUAAAAUCAUCUGCCACUGACAGAGCAAAAUUGUUUCUAAAAGGAUAUAUUACUUUUUCCUCUCUGUGAUAAGUUUGUUUGGUGUUUCAUGGAUAUACAGGGUGUGCAUUUGUUUACUUUCCGCUGUUUUCUUUGUGAUAAAUUCUGUCCUCAGCAGCUUUGUCUCCACCUGAAUGGAAAGCACAGCUCCCUCACGCAGCCUGGCCCGCAGCUGCGGAGCUGGCAUUGUUUGCUCCAAAGUGCUGCAGUGCAGGCAUGAGCCUCUCACUGUGCUUUGCCUCACAGAACAGCCCAGGUUGGAAGGGACCUCAAGGAUCAUGAAGCUCCCAAGCAUCCAGCACAUACAGGGCCACCAACCUUCACAUUUAAUACUAGACCGAUCUGCCCUGGGCCCCAUGCAAUCUGGCCUUGGACACCUCCAGGGACGUGGCAUCCACAACCUCUCUGGGCAGCCUGUUCCAGCACCUCACCACUCAUAGUAAAGAACUUUCCCCUGACAUCCAGCCUAAAUCUUCCCUGCUUCAACUUAAAACCAUAGUUCUUGGGCCUUUAUAAAAUGGAGGAUGUUACAGCAUAGGAAAGAGAAGCAUUGCAGUGCAUUCGUGCAUGUCUUUGAGUAGUAACAGUGGGAUGGCAAGCGAGCUGCCUGCCUUCCUGCUGUUCCUCCCCGCUGAAGUUCAUCUUUGAGCCAGACCUUCCUGGCAGCACAUCCGUCCUCACACUUGGUUGCAGUGUGGCUCAGUGCUGGACAAAGUCCCAGGAGGGGAAGUGCUGGAGAGCAAAGAGGUGCACCUCGCUCAGCCUGCCUGACCUCGGGGUGGCUGGAGCAGGCCCUGCCUGCCUGUACCUGGCUGUGGAGCACCAGGGGAUGUGCGCACAGCUAACAGAGGCCAGGACCAGCAGCCCUUCUGGCCUGGCGUCUGCACAGUGCUUGGUAUCAGACCUCUCAAAGAGAGCUGCUUCCCACCUCCUUGCUGCAUGCUGCCAUGUGAAGGAAAGGCAUUGAUUUCACUACAAGGUCACUGUCCAAACUUUGCUCUUUCAGAACCUGAUACUCUGCAAUCAGCAGACUGAAUGGCCCUCUGACAUCCAGUAACUUUCUGGAACAUGUCCUUUUAUUGCAGGUUCCUUCCUGGCUUAUGUUUACAAGCAAUGCUGGUGUUAAUUUGUAGAAAUGAAAGUGAACAAGCCUCAGAUAUCCGGGUGACAGCAUUAAAUGUUUGCUUUGUGCUUAUCUUCAAAUACACGAAGUGCUGUUCUGGUGUGAUUUUAAGGCCAAAGUUUUGGAGAGUGCCAUUAUUCGCUGUGGAUGGGAAUGACUUCACAAGGUAUUUAAUUUAAAAGACAGUUUCUUUUUCCAUUUUACAAGUCUUUAAAGUGUUGCUUCACUUUAUUUGCUU